GACUUUCAACCCAGAAACAUCCACCCAACGUCUGUAAAACCUAAGAGGCAGCAGAUUUAUACCACAACAAUCAACCUGUGUGAGGCAGUGUGAGCCCAGAGCUGAAAACAGAUCACAUUUUGCUUUCUCAACUCUAGCCAAGAUGUGGACAAGAGGCAAAAACUCGGGCCAGUUAGCAACCAGAUCAUCAUGUUUCUCCCUGGUUCAUCAGUACAUUCUACGUUUUAAUGAGGUGUCUGGCAACAAGUCAGCUGCAAUCCGGAGGAGAUCUAAAACCCCUGGAGUGAUGAUCACACAGUAUGCAGCAAUUUUACCUGAGGGUAGAAGUACUCCAGACUUCCAGUGCAAACCCAUGCCAGUUGCAGUCAAGGAAGGACAUUUAGCCAUUUUCAAGACGGUGGUGACAGGGGACCCAAAACCAGAUGUUUCAUGGAGAAGAGCGAAAGGUAAUCUGGCAGACAAGGAAAAAUUCCAAAGGAAAUAUGAUGAAUCAACAGGGGAACACAUAUUAGAGAUUCAUGAAGUGUCUGCAGAGGACGCUGAUACGUACAAAUGCUACGCUGUGAAUGAAUGUGGCAAAGCUGUCUGCACCACAACAUUAAGCAUAAUUGAUGGUUCAACAAUUCCUGAAGAUUUCAGAAAGCUGUUAAAGAAAAGCAAAUCACAGACAGCAGGUGGAGAUAAUGAUGAAGCUUUCUGGGAUGCGAUGAUGAAUGCUGACAAAAGAGACUACGAGAGCAUCUGUUCUGAGUAUGGCAGAGCAGACUUGAACAUGAUUCUCAAGAAACUUGAAGAGAAAAGAAAACAGAAAGGAAAAAACAAACAGAAGGAUAUUAUAAUUUCCUGUGACAAUGAUGCUAAAAAACAGGACACUCAGAGUCUUGGGAAGAAAAAUUACAUCAGAAACGAAGCCACUGUGCAACAUGACACGGGGAUUUAUAUUGGGGAUGUUGAAGGAGCUAACUGCCACAACAGGCAUCUAACUCUAGUUAAUGCUGAAAAAGACCUGCUCCUCACAGAGUUCAAAAUUUCCAGUGUGGAUUUUGUGAUCAAAAUUCAAGAGAUUAAAGCUGAAGAAAAUGAUGAUGCUCUCUAUGAGUGUGUGCUAACACACCCUCUACCUAAGAUUACAUGGAUGAGAAAAGGUAUCCUCCUGGAAGAUGGGGAGAAGUACAACAUAACUGUGUCUGACAACAAACUCAUCCACCGGCUGCUCAUCAAGGACUGCACGAAACUGGACAAAGGAAUUUAUUCUGCUGUAGCAGGGACUAUUUCCUGCAGUGCCUGGCUGGUGGUAGAUGAUCAGCGCAACCCGACAGGUGAUGCUAAGAAAACUAUCCGCAAAACUGCAAAGGCCGCAGGGGUUCAGGCUGACCUGGAAAAAAUGGCAAAAGAGCAGCAAAUAAAAAUCCAAGGAGAAAUGGAGAAGCUUUUAAAAGCUGUCAAAGAAAAAUACUCAGAAGCAGAAAAACUGAAAGGAGAAAUACUAACUGGUGGAGGCGACUGCGGUGGAAGUGAUAAGACAAGUAAAACGCAGAGGAAAAACACAAAAGAUGGCACUGUGACAACAUUUGAGGAUUCUGGGGGUAUAAUAGAAGAAGGUGACCUAAAGAAGAAAAAACAAACCAAAGGUCAAGUUGGUUGUAACAUAAUGUCAGAUUCUAUUGAAGGAGGGCCCUUUGAGGACAGUCAGGAUCCUGGACAUGGGAGUAAUGUUUCAAACAUACGGCAAGAUCAAGAAGCAGAGCAUGAUGUAACCGAGUUCAUAGAUCAGUGGGAUGAUGUUGUCCAACAGCUGAAUCAGUUCAGAGGAAAUAAGAAUUGCAAUAAGUCAGCAAGAAACAAAUGGAAAACAAAUAAUGCAGACUGGAAAGAACAGGCAUCAGAUUCAAAUGGACAAGUAAGCGAUGAUGAACUAAACACUGAGGAGACCAAGGACUCUGCUGAACAAGGAAAGUACCAACAAAGUUUAAAGCAAAGCAAAAAGUCUAAACACGCAGCCAACGGAAAGUGUGUGUUUCCUGGAGAGCACGGUGAGUGUGACGAGACUGAAAAUGUGAACCACUCUGCCAACCAUACAAGGCGUAAAAGACAAGGCCUUCUGGUUACAGAUUCAAUUACUGAUCCAGGCGUUCAGUUUAUCUGGGGUUUGUCUGAUGUCGAUGCAAUCAUCCAUGAGAGUGCUGAGUUAAUGUGUAAGCUCAGCAGGGAAAACUGUGAGGGAGUCUGGUUCAGAGAUGGAAAACAGAUUUACCCAGAUGAUAAUGUCUCCAUCACUAUGGAUGGACCCAUCCAUAAAUUAGUGAUAAUGAAAUGCAGCGAGGACAACUCUGGAAAGUAUCGCUUUGAAGCAGAUGGUCGUAAGACAGAGGCAAUGAUGAGCAUCCGAGAUCCUCCAAGGUUUGACCCAGAAGACCUCAGUGCUUUCACCAGGCCUUUGACAGUUAAAGUGGGACACAACGCCAUCUAUAAACUCCAGUUCAUUGGCCACAAACCUAUAAAAGUUCAGUGGUACAAAGAUGGUGAUGAGCUGAAAGAUGACAACAGUACAAUAAUAGAAAGAUCUGCGAGUCACACCCGCUUACUCCUGAGCAGAUGCCAGAGAAGAGACACUGGAGAGAUCAAGAUAAAGAUAAAAAAUGAUCAUGGCUUCACUGAGGCAGUGUCACAGCUUAUUGUGCUUGACAAGCCAUCUCCGCCCCUGGGACCUGCAGAGGUUACUGAGAGUUCAGCCUUAUGCAUUGAAUUCAAGUGGCGUCCCCCAAAGGAUGAUGGCGGCACACCAGUGACUAACUACAUAUUGGAGCGUCAGCAAGUGGGACGAAACACCUGGAAGAAAAUGGGUGAAAUACCAGGUGUGCCCAUCUACCGGGACACAGAUGUGGACCGUGGGAGAAAGUACUGUUACCGCAUCUGGGCAGUAACUUCAGAGGGAAUGAGCGAAGUGAUGGAGACGGAUGAAAUGCAAGCAGGAAAAUUUGCUUUUCCAGGCCCUCCAGCACCUCCUAAGGUAGUCAGUGCAUUCAAUGACUGCAUCAACAUUUCAUGGUCUUCCCCAUCUAGCACUGGAGGGUCACGUCUCCUGGGAUAUAUUUUAGAGAAGCGCAAGCAGGGAAGUAAUCUUUGGACUUGUGUUAAUGCACCAGAUGAAAUAAUAAAAGAGAAAAAGUAUGCCGUGAGGGAUGUUGUGGAAGGUAUGGAAUAUGAGUUCAGAGUUUGUGCCAUAAACCUCUCAGGAGCUGGUGAAUUUAGCAACGCAUCAGAGUUUGUUUUUGCAAGGGAUCCUAAAAAGCCUCCGGGUAAAGUAACAGGCCUGAAGGUGACAGAAACAUCGUACACCAACAUGGUUGUGACUUGGACAAAACCUGAAGACAAACCAGGCAUACAGGACGAAGCUAAAGGAUAUUUUGUGGAGAUCCGCCGGGCGGAUUGCACAGAGUGGUGCCGCUGUAUCACCAGCCCCAUUAUCAUGACUUCCUUUAAUGUGAAAAGCCUUAAGUCUAUGGAUAUGUAUUGGGUGAGAGUCAUUGCUAUAAAUGAUGGGGGAGAAGGCACACCUGAGGAGCUGCCAAACUACAUCCUUGCAAUGCCUUUGCCUGUGAGACCAAGGUUCACAAACAACAAGAUGAGGAGUUUCAUGGUUGUGAGGGCAGGGAACUCUGUCAGGAUAACUGUUAACUUUGAGGCUUCCCCAUGGCCAGAAAUUACAUGGUUAAAAGACAACGUGCCAGUGAUGAAGCGUGUUACAAUCAGUAACUCUGAUGGCUCAUCUCAGCUGCUGAUUCCCACCUCUGAGCGCUUAGAUUCAGGCAUCUACUCUGUCUUCGUGAAAAACAUUGUUGGACAGGAAACUUUCAGUACGGAGGUUAGGGUAACAGAUGAUCCAAAGCCUCCUGGACCAGUGGAACUGGAAGAAAGUGUUCCUGGGACUGUGACUGUGAUCUGGCAACCUUCUCCUGAUGAGAAGCGUGAUGAUCGUCUCCACUAUACAGUGUCUAAACUGGAAUCCACCAAGCACACAUGGACCACAGUGGCUGAUAGGCUCUUCAAUAACAGGUUCACAGUUUGCAACAUUAUGCAAGGGAGGGAGUACCAUUUCCGAGUGUACGCCAAAAAUGACAUGGGUAUAUCAGCACCCUCAGAAUCCCCAACCUGGGGGAUGGAAAAGAAGAAAGAAAAAAUGGUGAUAGCCGAACCAACCAAAAAGGACUGUGAUCUGCGAUGUGCUCCAACUUUCAUUGUAUCUUUGAAGCCUCAAACUCCAACAGUAGGCUAUGAGUGUUAUAUGAGCUGUGCAGUGAAAGGAGACCCUGCAGCUCGAAUCACGUGGUAUCGAAAUCACGUCAGCAUAAACACAGAUACCAACUACUACAUCUCCAACACAUGUGGUGUCUGCUCCUUGCUGAUACUUCGUGUAGGUCCCAAAGACGUAGGAGAGUAUAAAGUCGUUGCAGAAAACAGCUUAGGACGAGCUGAAUGCUCCACAGUGCUCAAUGUCAGAGAGUGAAGAAGUUGAAGACACCGAUAUUCAAAGGUCUUCAUCUUCAUGGAAAGAUGAAAAUGGCUGUGAUACACUGAAAUAAUGUGGAUUCAAUUCUAGCUUUGGAAAUAAAGCCAUUUCAAUAGUAAA